CGAGAGCGCCGGGCGGUGGGUGGCAAAGGAGGGUGCGGAGGAGGCAUACCGCGUAUACGUACAUACACACGGACGAGCGCACACAUAGCGGAGAUGGAGAACGGGGAUUGGCUGGCGGUCGCUCGACGCUUCCAAAUAUGGGACAGUCUCCGCGGUCCAUUCAUAAAACUACGGGGCGCGCCGCGCUCUCGGCUCAGUCCGUGCGCGACCCCCACGCAUCGCGCGUCCCGUAUAGCAAACCCAAGACGCCCGCGUACCUUGUGUAUACGCGGUGUGCUCUUCCGUAUACAUUACAUACGAACUCAUACGCGCGCAGUCACACACACGUACGUGUCGGUACAUAUAUAUAUAUAUAUAUAUAUAUAUAUACAUAUAAAUACGUAUACACACGCACACACACAUAUAUAUAUAUAUACAAACAUAUAUAUUGAAUACAUCGACGGUAUAUAAUACAUAUUUGUUGACGAGAUAAACUUCCUGGAUAUCCUUUACAGACUGCACUUGUUUGGAGAUAAGAGUAAAAAAAAAAAAAAACCCGAAUCUUUUUUUCAAUCAUUUUAGAUUUAUUUCUCGUUACCACCUUCACCUGUUGGUAUAUUAAACUUGUUUCGGGUACACCUACGCGAUAUCUUCGGUGAAACGUUUCUUUUCGCGCAAGGACGAACCUGUUGUUUCCGCACGCGGGUUAUCCAAUCGAACUACCUGCUGGUAUCGGGCCGCCCAAGGGGUUGGCCCACGUUCCUUGACGUGCUGUGGGACGGCCAAGUGUCAACGACAAGAAUAUAAACGCUACGCGCCCCGUGGUCAAACCAGGGAGACUGUUUUGAUAGAGUUUCGAGUUUUCCCGAAUCGCACGGAACACCAGCUGCAAGGCCGCCUCUGUAAACGGUUCUCACAAUCUCACCCGCGCUACGUCGUCUUAGCCUGUAUCGCUCGCACCCCCGCUGCCCGCGACUCUGACGUUCGACGGUAAAUGGUUUCUGCCUCGACGAGCCGAUUGUUACUGGCGCUUACGCGCGACAAGUGAGCACCGUCGAGAUAUAGGAUAAAAAAAAAAAUAAUAAAAUAAAAUUUAAAGAAUGAAAAAAUAAAAAAGGAAACGAGACAGAGGAGGAGAAAAGGAGAGAGUGCACGCCAAGUACAUGCCUACGUAACCAUUGUCAAAUAAAUACGCCGCGGGUAAGAGCAAAAAUCAACGGGAAACUAUUAUUCGGCUGAAUAUGCUAAAUGAUAACCGUAUAACGACGCGUGCGCAUUAACGGAGAGGAUACCUGUCCGUCCGGCGAGGAUACCGCGGAGCCGUUGCAGAGGAUGACGAUGGACGGGAUGGAAGUGGUGGGCUCGCAACCCCACGCAGCGACCAGUCCAUUCCUGCUGGCCUCGCCGCCUCUCGGUCACCACCAUCACCAUCACCAUCAUCAUCACGCAACCUUCAACCUGCAGGCGGUGCAGCUAAGCUUCGACGCUUGUCUCGCGUACAAUACCGUGUCCUCGGGAAGCACGACGUCGACCGCGGCCACGACGUCGACGGUCUCGUCGAGUAAACCGGUGCCUUCGCUCUCCCUCGCCUCCUGUGUCUCACUACAGCCCCAACAGCCGCAUCACACGACCGGCGACAACUCUGCCGACCUGCACCACCAUCACCACCGAAACAACCACCACCAGCACCAUCAGACUCAUCAGCACCGCCAUUCUGAGGAGCGUCUUCGGCUCACCGACACCCCGUCGUCCCCGUGCGAGACUGCCUCCGGCGGCGAGCUCAAGGACAGACGGCAACACCUCCACGACGACGAGGAGUGCGUCGGCGUUUCCAGCUGCAGGGACGACCUCGGGGACACCGCGGAAAAGGACAAGCCCGGCGACCUCAACACACCCGUUACCACGAGCAGCGACCUUCCUUCGUUCUUCGGACCCUCGGCUCUCGUUGAACCUCCCCCCAUUUCAGGAAGCUUGGCUGGCGAAGACCUUUCCUUGGAGGAGGCAGCCGUCGAGGAUGACGAGUCGACAGCCGGUAAUCGGGACCACCACCAGCACCACCACCAGCAUCAACAUCAGCAGCAUCACCACCACCACCACCAUCAACAACAACAACAACAACAACAACAGCAACAACAACAGCAGCAGCAGCAGCAACAUCAUCACCAACAGCCGGAAAACUCGACGGGUCUGAGAUGCGACACGGACGCGACUACGGGAGGAACGACGCCGCCUCGAGCGAGUGCGACAGGUCACCACGCGACCCAGGAGGAGGCCGAGCGUUGCAACGCGGUACUUCAGAGCGGUGUGAUCCUCUACUCGUCCCCGCAUUCCUCGACGCCGACUGGAGCACCUUCGACGAGUCACACCCCGGCGAACAUUUGCAACGUACCGACUCUGACGUACCGUGGGAUUUUCACAGCCACCUGUACUCAGGCCUCACCCCUCAACCCAAUUCAGUCGCAGCAGCAAACUGUGACCCCGGAACUCUGGGGGAGCUUACCAUCGCCCACCUUGAAUCUGACCGGUCAACCCUUCCUCCACCCCUCUCUCCACGCAUCUCCUUACGGAGCAGAGACUGUCGAGCUACUCCAGGUCGAAUCGAAACCCCCGCCGCCACCCGGCUAUCACGACACUUCGACGCCGACGCCCGCCAGCUGGCUGACGGCCCACGAAGAAACUUAUGACUCGAGCCUACUUUCGCACCACCAACAUCACCAUCCGCAACAUCAUCAUCAGCAACAGCAUCACCAGGAACCGACGCUGAAGCAGGAACCAUCCACAACUCCAGGUGGCUACAGUACCGGGAACGUGCAGCAGCAGCAGCAGCAGCAGCAGCAACAGCAACAGCAACAACAACAACAGCAGAGUGGCGGAGGAAACGGAGCGACCGGGAGCGUACAACUCGCGGAGUACAAUCCAAGCACGUCGAAGGGUCAUGAGAUACUGUCCCAGGUCUAUCAGCAGAGCGCGUUACCGCUCCGGCUGGUCCCCGUAAAACCGCGAAAGUAUCCAAACCGGCCGAGCAAGACGCCGGUCCACGAACGUCCCUAUGCCUGUCCGGUUGACGGUUGUGACCGAAGGUUCUCCCGGAGCGACGAGCUUACCCGACACAUUCGCAUCCACACAGGUCAAAAGCCGUUUCAGUGCCGCAUAUGCAUGAGAUCCUUUUCACGGAGCGACCACCUAACUACCCACGUACGCACCCACACCGGCGAGAAGCCGUUCUGCUGCGACCAGUGCGGACGAAAGUUUGCGCGGAGCGACGAGAAGAAACGCCACGCGAAGGUACACCUAAAGCAAAGGCUAAAGCGUGAAGCGUCGAGCUCCGGCGGAAGUGGUUCUAACGCCGGGAGCUCGAACGCCGGUAGUAACGUGCAGCGCAACCACCCCCAAGCUCACGCAUCAUCCCCCUGCAAUCAGUAGAAAAGGAGAUAUGCGCUCAUCCUUAAUACCCACCCCGAAACACUUUCAUUUUUACACAUCUCAUCGCUCUUUGUAAGUCUUUCCUUCCCUUCCCUCCGGUUCCCUUCCCUUUCCACCGCACUCUCGCACCACCUAUGUACUCACGCGACUGAUUUGAUUUUUAUUCUUCAUAGUUAUCAUCAUUAUUGUUAUUAUUAUUAAUUAUUAUUAAUUAUUGUUAUUAUUGCUAUCAUUAUCAUCGUCAUCAUCAUCACUUACUUCAUCUUUUUAUAAAAAUUACGUUAUCAUUGCCAAUCACCGUUCCCUCCCCCGACGAUUACGACCUCUAGAUACAAAACCGUGUUGCCGGACACGCUAAACCCGGCCCCAGUGUUCUUUGGAGAUCGCUUUUCUCGUCUCGUCUCGCCUCGUCUCCUCUCCUACCAUUUUUCCCGUUUUCCCGGUGGCUGUAUACCGUCCGUCCGUUCCGAGCGCGACCCUAUAUGUAUGUACCCAUGUAGAGGCGACCCGCCGCACCCAUUCAUCUCUCAUGCCUCUCAAAAUCUCACUACGAGCUGUAAUUACUCUUAAUCGAUACAUACAUAUCUAUAUAUGUCCUAUGUAUCGAAACGCAUGCAUUGUAGGUAUGAAAUUAUAUGUGUAUGAUAUAUUAACGUACAUACAUGUAAUAUACGUCUGUAUAUUAUACGUAUACAUACGAAUAUACGUUGCAUAAUAAGCUCUGUAAAAUGUUACCCGGCAUAUACGUUCUCAAAAUUAUAUAUUGUUGAUUAUAAGAAUCAAAUUAAUAUUAUGUAUAUGUUGAUCUAUUUAUUAACACACGACGUACUGCUAAGGUGAAACAUUAAUAAUAAUAAUUUUUACUAUAGUAUAUAUGUAAUGCAACUCGAAAUUGCAUUAAAAAAUUGAAGGAAAAAUGUUAAAAACAAACAAAAAAAAAAAAAAAGAAAGAGAUACCGUACUGUACCUAUUACUAUUAUAAUAUUACCAAGAUAAUUUUUUACAAAUGAUAUUAUUCUAUCGUUAUAUAUUAUAUAUUAUGUAGCUAUUUAGUACAUAAAUGAAUGUAAUGGUGCUCUGGAGUGCAACGCGCGAGAAAAAAAACCAUCUACUUGUAAUAUUUUGUCGGCCAAUCGCUAUCGUCAAAAUACGGACGCCUCCACGAUAAUUAUUAACAAGAAAAAAAAUACAAGUUAACAAUCAUUC